AUGGCGCCUUCGGCAAACCCUGAUAUCAAUCACGGCAAUGGCCUGGCCUUGUCCGAGAAAACUGCAGAUGUUAUCGAAAGAUGGAGAGAAAAUAUUCGUGGCGGCUUUGCCACAUUCCCCGUGGCUAUCGAAAGCGCCAAAGGCCACAUAAUCACUGAUGUCGAUGGAAAAGAAUAUAUCGAUUUUAUCUCGCAGUUUGCAGUGAUGACCUUUGGCUAUUCGCAUCCCAAGAUUCUCCAAGCGACGGUUGACCAGCUUCAGAAGAUGCCUCUGAGCGGCACCGCCUACAUCAGUCCACUAUACGUUGAGUUCGCGGAGCGAAUUAACAAGAAAUUCGGGUUCGAUCGCGUUGCGACUAUGAUGAGUGGUUCAGAAGCAAUUGACGCAGCUCUCAAGAUCGCUCGGAAGUGGGGAUACACCGUCAAAGGUAUUCCCGAGAACGAAGCCUGGAUCGUCACAUGUGAUCAGUGCUAUCACGGGUCGACUCUUGCCACCAUGCCUCUGGCAACUGUAGUUUCCAAGGAUUUUGGAAGACACGUGCCCAACGUCGGGCCUUUUGGGCCAUCUAGCAGAAAGCUGAUUCCAUUUGGUGAUAUCGAGGCUCUUCGUGAGACGUUUGAGGAAGAUGGACACCGGAUCGCAGCAUUUAUGUUGGAGCCUAUCCAGGGCUGGGCAGGAACCAUCUUCCCACCAAAAGGAUAUCUGAAAGCUGUCUAUGACUUAUGCAAGAAGCACAAUAUCUUGAUGAUUUGUGAUGAGGUACAGUCGGGCUAUGGGCGAACUGGCAAAGACCUGUCCUAUCAGCACGAGGAAGGUGUCCAACCUGACAUCGUAGCUCUUGGGAAGGCCGUUACCGGAGGCAAGCAAUCUUUCCCUCUCUUAAUUUGA